UUGCCAAGUUUUAGAGAUCCACGUGAAAUAGGUUGCUUCUCACAAGACUUUGAAAGAAAAUUUCAUGCUGAUAAAAGACAACUGAAGUAUGUUAUAAAUCUUCCAUCUAAAACUGAGUUUGAUCUCAAUAAAGGCUAUAAAGAAAUGAUCAGGAGAGAUGAAAUAUCUCCUGAGCAAAUCAAUGAUUUGUUGAGAUGGAUAAUGCACAAACCAGAAAAAUUCAAACUUCACCCAGAAAAACCUUCACUCGAGGACCUUUUAAAUACAGACUUUGUGUGUUGGAGAGGUUUAUUAACCAGGCUUGUUUGUACACCAUAUGAAUAUCGGGAUGAUUGGAAGAUUGCAGUGAUUCGUUUUAGAAAUACUUAUUUUUUGUGUGAAUCUAUGACAGAAGAUAGAAAAAAACAAGUUGACAAUACAACACCAAGACAAGAUGAGAUGAGUUAUUGGGGUUGGAAGUUUGAACAAUAUAUCACUUCUUCAGAGAACGGUGGUACUCCAGAUAUAAAUAGACCUAUAAACACCAAUGAAGCUUUUUGCUCUGUUGUUAGAUCUAGAUUAGGUGAACAUUCCUUAGUAUAUGGAGGAGAAAUAGAUGGUAUAGAUGAUUCCUUACAAAGUAACAGUAAAUAUGUUGAGUUUAAAACAUCUAGACAAAUAGAAUACAAAAAGCAAAAUAUUAAUUUCCACAGGCACAAGUUGAUAAAAUACUGGGCUCAAAGUCACCUUGUUGGUAUCAGUAAGAUAAUAUGUGGUUUUAGAGAUGAUUAUGGUAUUGUUCAUGAAUUAAAAGAAUUCCAGACAGAAGAGAUACCAAAUAAUUUAAAGAUCCUGUACAAUCCCUGGAAACCAAAUGUAUGUAUGAACUUCCUGAAUGAUAUCCUAGGAUUUAUAAAACGUUCUAUAAAAACAAAUGACUCUAAGACUGUGUAUCUGUUAGAAUGGCGUCCACAUUCUGAUGUUACUUUAAAGAAAACAACAGAUCCACAAUAUAAUUUCCUUCCUGACUGGUUUAUA